CAUCACUACGCUCACUCUCCCAUUCCUUACGAAAUGGCAACUUCCUGUCUUCUUCCAUGCAUUGCUGUUCUCUUUCUAGCUGCUUGUGCUUCAGCAUCUAGACAACUCCCCUUGGGUCCAAAUCAUGGUGAUGUCCCUAAUGAUUUUAGCCAUGUUUGCGACCCGUCGAGAUUUAGACAGCAGGGGCUGGACAUGGAAGAGUUUGCAUACUGCGACAAGUCCCUUUCUUACCAGGUCAGGGCUAAGGAUUUGGUAGAUCGACUGACACUGGAUGAGAAGGUGCAACAGAUGGGAAAUUCAGCAAAAGGUGUGAGCAGAAUAGGCUUGCCAAAGUAUGAAUGGUGGUCUGAGGCAUUACAUGGGGUCUCUAACGUCGGUCCAGGCACCCACUUUGACAAUUCUGUUCCUGGUGCAACAAUUUUCCCCACUGUUAUACUUACAGCUGCAUCAUUUAAUCAGUCACUUUGGAAAAAUAUUGGCCAGGUUGUUUCAACUGAGGCUAGAGCCAUGUACAAUGUAGGAAAUGCUGGAUUGACCUUUUGGAGUCCUAAUGUCAAUGUGGUGAGGGAUCCUAGAUGGGGAAGAGUUACUGAAACAGCUGGUGAAGAUCCUUUUGUAGUUGGCACAUAUGCUACUAAUUAUGUAAGAGGCUUACAAGAUGUUGAAGGAGCAAAAGAUCCCUUGGAUCCAAACUCAAGACCUCUUAAAGUUUCUUCAUGUUGCAAGCAUUAUACUGCCUAUGAUGUUGAUGCUUGGCAGGGUGUUGAUCGUUACCAUUUUAAUGCACUGGUUUCUGAGCAAGAUAUGCUAGAGACCUUCAAUCGUCCCUUUGAGAUGUGUGUCAAGGAUGGUGAUGUUAGUAGUGUUAUGUGCUCUUACAAUCGUGUCAAUGGAAUUCCUACUUGUGCUGAUCCAAAUCUUUUAAAAGGAACGAUUAGAGGGGAAUGGGACUUCCAUGGCUAUAUUGUCUCGGAUUGUGAUUCUAUUGAAGUGAUGGUAGAUGGCCAUAAAUGGCUUGAUGACAAAGGAGAUGAUGCCUCUGCACAAACCUUAAAAGCGGGUUUGGAUUUGGAUUGUGGAAAUUUCUAUCCAGACAACCUCAAAAGUGCAGUUUUAAAAGGAAAAGUUAAGGAAGCAGAAAUCGAUAGGUCAUUGAACUACCUUUAUGUUGUGCUAAUGCGGCUUGGAUUCUUUGAUGAAAUUCAACAAUACAAGUCUGUUGGCAAGGGAGAUGUGUGCACUAAGCAGCACAUUGCAUUAGCUUCACAAGCAGCCAGAGAAGGAAUUGUACUUCUUAAAAAUGAAGGUGGAGCUUUACCAUUGAGUUCUACUAAAAAAUUGGCAGUAAUAGGUCCACAUGCUAAUGUGACAUGGUCAAUGCUUGGAAAUUAUGCUGGUAUCCCUUGUCGAUUUGUGUCUCCACUUGAUGGCUUGACAACAUUUGGACAAGUUUUGUCCGUGGUUGAUCAUGUGAUUUACCAACAAGGAUGUGUCAAUGCUAAGUGUGAUAAUGACUCAAUGAUUUUCCAAGCAAUGAAAGCUGCUGAGGAUGCAGAUGCCACCAUACUUUUUGUGGGAACGGAUUUGUCCAUUGAAGCCGAGAGCCUAGAUAGGACGAACCUUUAUUUACCUGGUUAUCAAACUCAAUUGAUCAAUCAGGUUGCCGCAAGUUCAAAAGGCCCAGUGAUUCUUGUGAUCAUGUCAGCAGGUGGUGUUGAUAUUCAAUUUGCUAAAGACAACGAGAAAAUUAGAUCAAUAUUGUGGGCUGGAUGGCCUGGUGAAGAGGGUGGUCUUGCAAUUGCUGAUGUUAUCUUUGGGGGCUACAAUCCAGGGGGGAAGUUACCAAUCACAUGGUAUAAGAAUGAAUAUGUCGACCAAUUGCCCAUGACAUCCAUGCCAUUGAGGCCAGUGGAUGAUUAUCCAGGACGAACGUACAAAUUCUAUGAUGGUCCUACAGUAUACCCAUUUGGCUAUGGAAUAAGCUACACAAAUUUCACAUAUGAAUUAACAUCUUCACCGCAUUCGCUUCUCUUCAAUCUGGAGCCGCGCCAACACUGCUACCCCCAGAACCAUACCAACAAGGAUCAAGGCUCGCAGUGUCCAGCAAUCAUCAUUGAACAUUCGGAAUGCACUUACUUCAUUGAUGUGGAAGUCACAGUGCACAAUGUCGGAACGAGGGAUGGAAAUGAAGUUGUCAUGGUGUAUUCAGCUCCUCCACCCGGGAUUGAUGGGGCUCCUAUCAAGCAAUUAAUUGGUUUUCAGAGGGUUAAUGUUGCUGCUGGUCAAAAUGUAAAGGUGAAAUUCUCGUUCAAUGUUUGUGACAGCUUCAACAUCAUUGAUGCUGCUGCCUACAAUCUUCUGCCGUCCGGUGCUCACAAAAUCUUGGUGGCUGAUAAAUCAGCAACACUUGAAGUUAGUUUUGAUUAUUAGUCUGUUUGUUCAUCUUUUUAGGAAACUCAGUAUCUAUUUUUUGUAAAUAACAUUCCCUAAUCAGGUUUGGAUGUAAAUAAAAGCUUUAUGCAAGUGAAUAAAUUUUUUUGUUUCUA